GUAAGAGUAUAUUGAAUAGUAAAAAGUACAUAAACCUGUGAGCUCAAUCAUCUACUUGACCCAAUUUUACUCUUCUGAUAAUGUUUUAUUAAUGAAUAACCUCAUUCUAACUGGUAGGGUGAAUUCAGGUAAAGUGGGCUGUUUAAGCUUGAUACUCUGUUCAAAGGGUGUAUACUUUCAGAGCAUGGUUUGUAAUUAAAGGUAUACACUCUUUUUUUUUAAAAUGCUAAAAUAGUUUUGGUGGAUGCAAUAUGACACUGGUGGGUGUGACUACACCUCAAAGGAGGACCGUGUGUCAUGGUGAAAUGUAGAAACACAAGAUUUUUAUUUGUAACAUUUAAGGUUGCUCAAUAAAUGUUUUAUUCAAUACUACCAUCAACAGGGUAUAAAAUACAAAGAAUAUAUAUAUAUAUACAGAGAGAGAGAGAGAGAGAGAGAGACAUUCAGUGGCUAUUUAUGUUUUUAGAAAACAUAUGAAUGCAUUUAAAAGUUAAGGAGUUUAGAGAGCAUAGAAAGAAAAACAUUUUUACAUAUGGUUACCAUUUUAAAUGUUUUUUAAAUCAAUAUUCUGAUUUCUGAAUGUUCUGGUUUUCAGAUUUCAUCAAAUUAAUGUCAACACAACAUGUUCUUUCACUUGUUUGGUUUGUCUGAUCAUACAGUAUGCAUUAAUAAAUCAUGUUUUUUUUUUAAUUAAGAUGCACAAUAAUUUUUGAUAAAUAAGGGCCCACUUUACUCUUUACCUGAAAAGAAACUUGUCUGGAGUACAUGACCUCAAAAUGUUUAUUGGUAUAUAUCUUGUAAAUAACACUUUAUAUUAACUGUAUUUAAACUGAAAUAUUAUAGCUUCAAGUCAACAAAAUAAAGAAAAGUAAAGAAAAAGACAUCUAGGUAUCUAAAUGACGUUUUACAAAAAAGCGGCGCACUUUACCUGACUUCACCCUAUUUAACUUUUUACCUCAUUGCACUUCUGAAAAUACAUAAACACAUUCACAAAUAAUAACCAAUGUGGAGUUCAUACGAAUCUUCCAGCGGGAUAUUUUAAAAAUCAUGAAAAUACAUGAAGGACAUAAAUUUGAAGUGUUUAUCCUCAAAAGGUUGAGACUGUCGCAUGUGGUUUGAGGACUAGAAUAGACAAAACAUGCCACUGCAUUUGUGUCACCGUGUAACAUGCAUUUAAUAUAACGUUAACUUUUAUGAUUCAUUAGCCCAUAUUUAGGAUUAUCUAUAAUAAUCUGAUCUGCUGAAAAUUAAAUCUUUCAAGUGUGAGCUCAGUGGUACUUUUCUCAGAAGUUUUGCACCAUUGAAGAAGGUCUAUUGAGGCCCCCUAGUGGGCCUCGACGAGAAUAGGUCGAGAACAACUGUUUUAAUAAUCCUGCAUUACCAGAGACUGCAGUUUCAGGACUGCAUUUCUAGGACCCUAGUUUUUUUGUGACAGCGCCACCUAGCCAAUUCUACACCUUAUUACUGCGAGAGGAUCAUACUCCAAUUGUUUUAGCUAGACGAUUAUUGCACAGCAGUUCGCUAGAGGUCAGUAGUGCACAAGCAGAUUAAAAACCACCACAAAUCAACAGAAGAAAAACGCUGGUUCUCAUUUAAACAUCCGAGCAUGGCGGAUAAGAAAACAACCGUCCGCUCGCACGAUCCCAACCAGCGGCGUGUCCUGGACAGCGCGACGCGCCAGCGCCGUUUAACCCGUCAGCUCGAGGCUCUCGAGAAAGACAAUUUCCAGGAUGACCCUCACGCGAGCCUCCCGCAGCUCGUCAAGCGGCUACCGCAGUUCGACGAGAGCAACGAAUCCGGUAACGAAUCGAGCAAGCGGAGGAAGAAGACGAGGGGUGAUCAUUUUAAGCAGAGGUUCCGCAAAAACUUCCAGACUCUUCUGGAGGAGGAGGACUUGAGUGUCAGUGAGGGUCCGAACUAUCUGACUGCAUGUGCUGAGCCCUCCAAGUUUCCUCAGCGACAUUUCUGUGCAGUGUGCGGCUUCCCUUCAAACUACACUUGUGUGUCAUGUGGAGCUCGCUACUGCUGUGUCCGAUGUUUAGGAACACACCAUGAGACCAGGUGUCUAAAGUGGACGGUAUGAUUUGCUUCUCUCUACUGAACUCCUAUCAAAAUCAAAACAAGCUUAUGUUUCUCAGAAGCAUCACAGUCAUUUGCCUGCACAAUAAACAUGUUGAGGUAUAAAUCACUAGAAGCCUUAGGUCUGACAGCUGAAAUAAUAGUCUGUCAUCUCUGCACCUCAAUGUACAACAAGUAGGCUGCACUUCAUUUGAAAUUUCACAUCAGAUGAAAUAUAAAGCAUUUGCCAAAA